UCUUCUCUCUCGAAAAAACAGAAGAAGAAAAAAAAAUCAGAGAUUAGGGUUUUAGAGUUUGCGCAAAGUCACAAUCUUUGGGUUGCCGCUCUCUCACCGUCGCCCGCCGCUCUCUCUUCUUCACUGCUCUGUCUCUUCCCGAGACUCUAUAGAGGUUUACUUUCAACAAUGUCGUCCAUGUCAGAGUCUCGUGCUUUCCUGUUCUGCAACAGCUGUGGGUAUAUGCUAUCUUUGACGACAACUCCUUAUGCUAAACCUGGCCGAUGCCCCUAUUGCGACCAUCCACGACCUAUAGAAGGGCUCUCCAAAUGUAAAUAUUCAUACACAGUCAGUAAAGAGGAUAUUCAAAGGGAGCUAGGCAAGUCAACAAUUAAGGAGGAAAAGACUGAAUUGGCAAAGACGGACAUGAAAAAAUGUGAAAAGUGUGGCCACAAUGAGCAUACGUAUUUUUCUAGACAGAUGAGAUCAGCUGAUGAGGGGGCAACUACUUUCUACACUUGCACCAAGUGCAAUAAUAGUUUCAGUGAAAAUUAAUGUGUAGAUUAUAUAACUUGUUUUUGCUCAACUGGGCCUGCGUUUGGCUAAAUCUAAAUCUCUCGACUCUAUAUCUAUGGAAGCUGAUUGCCUUUCUCUCA